AUGUCUGCUGAUUAUUGGAAUUCAUCACAAAGAAACCAAUGGCAAUUUACACGAGCUUCCUUGCUUGAUGCAAGAAGGAAAAUAAUCUUUCUAGAGCGUAAAAUGAUUCAAAAUGGGUUAAUUAAAGAUUAUCCUAAUAUUGUCUAUGAUUAUAAUAUGAGGAUUUAUUUACAUAAUUUACUUUUAAAAUUAGGGCGUAGAUUAAAUGUCAGACAAAUUGCAUUAGCAACAGCAGAAAUAUAUUUAACUAGAUUUUUAACUAGAGUAAGUUUAAAGGAAAUAAAUGUAUACUUAUUAAUCACAACAUGUUUAUAUGUUUCAUGUAAAAUUGAAGAAUGUCCACAACAUAUCAGAUUAAUAAUACUGGAAGCAAGAAAUAUAUGGCCUGAAUAUAUUCCACAUGAUACAACAAAAUUAGCAGAAUUUGAAUUUUAUUUAAUUGAAGAAAUGGAUUUAUAUUUAUUUUUACAUCAUCCUUACAAAUCAUUAAUACAAUUGAAAGAAUAUUUUGAAUUAAAUUAUGAUAAAAUUGGGUUUAAAUUGACUGAUGAAGAAUUACAAAAUUCUUGGAGUUUAAUUAAUGAUAGUUAUAUUACUGAUUUACAUUUAUUAGUUCCACCUCAUAUAAUUGCAGUUGCUGCUAUAUAUAUUACAAUAGUUUUGAAAAAGAAUCUAUCUCAUACUAGGAAUAAGAAUAAUGAUUCAAAUAACAAUAUAUCAUCAAAUGAGAAGCAAAAUGACAAAGAUUUAAACAUUGAUGAUUUAAUGAAUUUAUCUCAAAAGACAAAUACAGAAUCUAGUAAUGACACUAAUGAAUUAAAACAACAGCAACAACAACAUAAUCAAGAAGAUCCAAAAACAAAUACUAAUGAAUUAGUUAAUUUUGAUCUAGAUAUAUUAGAUGAAGAUACAAUUAAAAUAAAUAAAUUUAUGAAUUUUUUAGAAGGUUCUCAUAUAAAUUUAGAUGAAAUAGUUGAAGCUGUUAGAGAUAUUAUGAAUCUUUAUGUUUUAUGGAAUAGAUAUACUGAACAAAAUUUGAAAAAGUCGUUACAAGGAAUGCUUUUGAGAAGAGUGUGA